AAAAUUCAUCUUCUAUUUUCAGGUAAUAUCCAGGGUGCUUGUAAUAUACAAUGUCAACAAGGCUUCAGAUGUGUGCUGGUAGAACCGGCCAACUGCAAUGGAUGCCAACCACAAGCACAAUGUGUUCAGCAAGAAUGUGACACGAAUUGCCGUCAAGCAAUGCCCAUCUUCAACACAUGUGUUCUGCAAACCAGCACUUCUGGCUGUUGUCCAGUUGGCGUCUGCAGAUCACAGUUUUCUGUCUCAUCUACACCCCAGUACAGCUCCAAUCUACCAUUCACCAACACUCCAUCCGUCACGCAACUUCCAUUCACCAGCAAUCCUUUUACCUUCAACCCGUUUCCGUUUCCAUUCUUCCCAUUCGGAUAA